AAGACCUAAACAAAGGAAUUCGUUUUUUGUAUCUAACUUGAAAAAUAAAACCGUUGAUCCUCCCCCACCACCCUGUUCAUUCCAGUUCUGUUUUUCUUUCCCAACACAACAAAGCACGCUCUACAAAACCUUAUUAAAUGCACCAUCUUUCACUCUACCAAUUCUCAAAAGCUAACGCAAAUGGAAAACCACGUCCACAAAUUCUUCACCUUCUUCUUCUUCAUUUACCUUCUCGGUUACUUCAUAAUCUUCCGCAAAUGGAGCCCCAAGAUCCGACCCGAAGCUUCCAGCUGCCUCAUCUCCCUCUUCCAUGGCACCCCGGCGACGGUCCUCGCAGUCGUCGCCGUCCUCUCGGCUGAAAACCGCAGCCUUGCCGCCCCAAACACGAACUUCCAGAACCUCGUGCUAGACUACAGCGCCGCCUACUUCGCCGCCGAUCUCGUACAUCUCGCCACGUUCUUCACCGGCAGCGGAGACCUCACGUUCGUCUUCCACCACUUCGCCACGCUCUUCGUCAUCCUCACGUGCCGCCACGUGGCGGUUCACGGGGCCGUGGCAGUGCUCACACUCCUGGCCAUCGCGGAGGUCACCAGCGCGCCGCAGAACGCGUGGGCAUUGGCCCGGGCGCGUCGGAAGGACGCGCAGUUCGCGGCGAGUGUGGCUAGUGUUUUGUCGGUUCCGUUUUAUGGCUUGUAUUCUGUGGUACGAGGUUUGUUGGGGCCGUAUGUUGUUUUCCGGAUGGCGGCGUUUUACUCAGGUGGAGGUGCUGAGGGUUUUAUUGCCACGUGGGUUUGGAUUUCCUGGGUCGUUGUAGUGUCGGUGGCCAUUGCUGCGAGCAUUGCGUGGGUUUCUAAUCUUUGGAUUGAAGUCUACGAAGAAAGAUCAAGGAAAGUUGAGGACAAGAUAAGAUAGUACAUUAAUGUGGGACUUGAUACAAAAUUAAUAGCUUUCAUGUUAGGUCAACUGUUUAUGUAAAUGUUUUUCGUGUAAUAAAUAUUUGGGUAUGAUCAAACUCUCUUAGAAAAAAAUGAA